GCUCGUUCGGGUACUUGGCCUCGAGUUGAUCACUUCCGCGUAGGCCAGCAUACGCGAACACCCUGCCUCGCGAGUCAGCAGAGUCAUUAUCGUCCUCAGCAGGGUCGCACAUGAAUCCGAUGGACAGCCACAGACGUUGUUGUGCGGGGAUGGCUGCUCGAUGAUCAGCUGCGCCGGGAAGAGGGAGCUCAAGAGGUACAGGUAAACGAUUGCCAUAGACUCCGCCGCCUGAUUGCCUCUGUGGCUGGGUCGACUCGCGGCUGCUUCGGCGUAUGAGGCGCAUGUACGGAAGGACGAGGUGCCGAUACAGGCGGAUGCUGCGAAUGCGCUGGCCUCUGUCGCAUGAUGACGUCGGACAAACAGCGCGAGCGUCGCGUCGGAAGUUGAGGCGGCGGCUGUCCAUCAUAUCACACCCACCGAUAACACACACAGCCGUCGAGUCGAGGGCGACUGCAGGUCUAGCAGGCACAUAUAUACAGUCGCUAUGACGCCCGGGACCCGUGGCAAGGCAUCUGCAUUGUCGCCGCAAUGGCAGUCGCAUGACGCGCAGGACGCAAACGGCUCAGAUACUGGCGAAGACUCGUCGCAUGAGGCACAUCCUACCGGCUUACAAGGGGCCACGAAGCUCAAUGGCUCCGGCCACCGUCAUCUUCGACCGCGGAAGGAAGUGCGGAAGCUGCGCACGGGCAAAUCUGUCAAUGAGAGGACAGAGCUGCUCUCGAGAUCAUACGACAGGCAGAGAGGCAGUCUGUCGCCCCAUCUCUCGGACGCGGGAGGGUCAGACAUCGAACGACCGAGCACACCUCUGAUGAUGCAGAGAUAUCUAUCGCAUGAGAUCGCUUCUGAAGAUCUCGAAUAUACUCUCGCAGUGCCUUCGAGCGGAACGAGUGAUGUAGGCUCGAUACCCUCUACGCCCAAGCUUGAUCUCGUCGACAUACACGAAGUAGGCUCUGCCGCUCAUGAUCGUCCUCGGCCCGGCAGACCACGCAAGGACACUGUUGGUCCCGACGCCCUCAAUGCGCCCACUUUCGUCGCUACAGAGCGUGGGCGAAAGCCAUUCCCAGAGAUGACGCUACGCAGCCGGGUUAAGCUAUUAUUCACCCAAACCAUCGCCAACCUCAUCUCGACUGGCUUUCUCAUUUUCAUCGUCACCUGGGCUCUCACAUCACGCUUCAUUGGCGCACUACCCACCUUACUCACGCUCGGUCUCUUUCGCGAGAAGAGAGACACGCGCAUUUGGGACGAUCCCAAGAAAUGGCAGACCGAGGAUGUCGUCAAGGAUAUUGGCUACUAUGCACGCAAUUGCGGCUAUGAUAUCGAGGACCAGGUCGUCGUCACGAAAGAUGGCUAUCUGCUCAGAGUGCAUCGCGUCAUCGUCCCUCACCGCAAGGACAAGCUACAUUCGGACGGACGAGGCGGCUUCCCCGUCAUCAUUCAGCAUGGUCUCUUUCAGUCGGCCGGCUCUUUCGUCACCUCCGAAGAGCGAUCGCUCGCAUUCUGGCUGGCCGAGCACGGUGGUUAUCAAGUCUACCUGACGAACAAUCGAGGCGUCUUUGACAUGGGCCACGUCAAGCUGCAGCGCAAUGAUCCUCGCUUCUGGGACUACAACAUCCGCGAGCUAGCAAUGUACGACUUGCCAGCUGUUGUCGAUCAUGUUCUGGCAGAAACGGGCUACGAUCAGCUCGCUUUCAUCGGCCAUUCGCAGGGCAAUGCGACCAUGUUCUGCUCGCUCGCGCGAGGCAUGGUACCACAGAUAGGCGAUAAGCUGUCGGUCUUUAUCGCGCUCGCGCCUGCUGUCUAUGCUGGCCCACUAACGACGGGCUUCCCGUUCGGCGCGCUCGUCAACAUGCCAUGGAAGACCUGGAAGCGCAUCUUCGGCACACUCGAUUUCAUUCCACUCAUGCGAUGGUCAUAUGACUAUGUGCCCUCCAUGCCAUUCUCGCUGCUCGGCUAUCAAAUGUUUGCGUUCUUGUUCAAUUGGACAGAUGCGAACUGGCUGCAACGACGCAAGCCAAAGAUGUUCCGCUUCACGCCUUCGCCCGUGUCUUCGGCUGGCGUCUUCUGGUGGACAGGUCUUGGCGGCUUCUCAAGCCGCGGCUGUGUGCUCAAUGUCAAGGCCAAGCGUUGGUUCGACGAACGCUUCCCUCCCCUCUCGCUCUACCACGGCGGGCACGACUAUCUCGUCCUGUGUGAUCCUCUGCUGGACCGUAUUCGCGAUCACGAGCCAUACGUCAAUCUCUUGCGAGUCAACAGGCUGGCGACGGGCGAACACUGCGAUUCCUUUUGGGGCAUAGACGCUGUCGAAACAACAUACGGCGAUAUUCUUGAGGAUAUUGAGCGCACGAGAGGGCCAUAUCCUGAAGAGCUCGCGCUCACCUAAAUGCAUGGGGAUGCUCCGAC